AAUGUGACUGUGUGAACAGAUUUAUGUCCCCACAACAUGAGUAAUACACGCUCUCACACACACAGACACACUGCAUUAAAAACUCAUCCAGUGUCCUGAGGAGAAUAAAUAUGCAAACUGUCACCAGUCAAAUUCUGACCUGCUAAGACAAAAAGAUUACAUCUGUUUAUAUCUAAAACAGCAAAUUAAAACAGAGUUAGACCAUCCCUCCCUGCACCAACUGUGUAUAUAUACAUAUACAUCAAGUCCUGCAUUCAAACUCUGAAAAGUACAAAAGUUUUAGCAUCAAAAUAUACUUAAAGUAAAGUACUCCUUAUGCAGAAUGGCCCAUUUCACAAUAAUAACCCCUAAGUCACUAGAAACGUGACUUUAGCAUACAGUAAAUUCAAAAGAUAAACUACUGUUAAAUCCAUCUUUUCCCGAUGGAUCCGAAGGUGAAAAGGAGUUAAAACAGAUGUGUGUUGAGUUUGCGUCCUACUCCGUGUUUUUACGUUGUUCCACAGUAACGAGUGAGUGAAACGUAGCGACCACACAGUCACUAUCCCCCCGUAAUAUUACAGAACAAAAUCUGAACAAAGAUCUAGUUGUCACUAUUUAUGCUAAACGAGGUCCAGUUUCAGUCUGGAGAAAUAAUUUAAUUUAAAGAGAGGAUAAAUAAACACAUCACGUUCAGUAAAUGUUCCGCUUUGUUAAACUGAAGCAUGAAGUCUAGUUAAGAUGCUUGUAGCUAGCUAACCACGAUGACCGUUACGAGUCAGACGCCUCUCAAGAAGGAGACGAUGAGAUGGAAACGUGAGUUAAGUGACGAUAUUACACCGGCGCCACAAGAAGCUGCAGUUACUCGUGACAAUAAUGAUGAAUGGCCAGACCGAAUGGACGGGCUAAGCAACAGGAAUAAGAAGCCCUGAGCAGGAGAAAACAGCGAGGUAACCAGAGAUGUUAGGAGGUGAAGUUGUAGCUUGUUCAGGAGAAGUUAAAGUUGUGAAAUCUGCAGCUGAGUCAAACCCUCUGAAACAUUCAAAGAAAAGAAGGCGGCCAUAUCAGACGAGGGUUUCCACUGAGACGUCGGGGAAAAGAGAAAAAUGGGAAAUCAGGAUCUUGGACUCCUCCUCCUCCUCCUCCUCCUCCUCCUCCUCCUCCUCCGCUGAUGAAGCUCAGUCUCCGGCCUCUUUUCUCCACUCCUCCCCCCUCAGUCCCUCCUUCCCCCUGGACGCCACGCCCGCACUCAGCCCCUCACACCCGGCCUUCCUCCUCCCCAGCCCGGCCUCCUCCUCCUCCUCCUCCUCUUCCUCCUCCUACAGCCUCCUCUGUGGAGUGCCGGAGCCGGACUCCCCGACAGGAUCUAGUUCCAGCGGAGGAAGCGUCGGAGGCAGCGCUGUGGUGUCAGAGGCUUCGGUGCGUUUCUCGAUGUCACAGUCGGGUUCGUUUUCAGCUCAGGUGGACUCCAUCCUGAGGGGCGACUUCCUGACCCCGAUGGGCGCCGCGGGGCCGAAGAGGCUCUGUCUGGUGUGCGGUGACUUCGCCUCCGGGUAUCACUACGGCGUGGCGUCCUGCGAGGCCUGCAAGGCUUUCUUCAAGAGGACCAUACAAGGCAACAUCGAGUACAGCUGUCCAGUGAUGAACCAGUGUGAGAUCACCAAGCGGAGGAGGAAAGCCUGUCAGGCCUGCCGCUUCCAGAAAUGUCUCCAGGCCGGGAUGAUGAGGGAGGGUGUUCGUAUGGACCGAGUCAGAGGAGGACGGCAGAAGUACAAGAGGCGGGUGGAAACUGGAUUGAGUUUAUACACCAAAGCCCCGUACACCCACCCCGUCAGCAGCAGAAACAAGGUGAUUUCCCAUUUGCUGCUGACAGAGCCCGCCCCGCUGGCUGCCGAUCAGGACGAUUCAACCAGUGACAGCAGCCUGCGGACCCUGCUGACCCUGUGUGACCUCCUGAACCGGGAGCUGCUGGUUCUGAUUGGCUGGGCCAAACAGAUCCCAGGUUUCUCCGGGCUCUCAUUGGUCGACCAGAUGUCGCUGCUGCAGAGCGGUUGGAUGGAGGCGCUGCUGGUGGGCGUGGCUUGGCGGUCACAGGGCGCGGUGGGGGAGGAGCUUGUGUUCGCCGGGAACCUGCGGCUGGACGAGGCUCAGUGUCGAGCCGUGGGAUUGGCCGAUCUGUAUGAGGCGCUGCGUCACCUGACGGCAAAAUACCAGGCGAUGAACCUGAGCCCCGAGGAGGUGGUGACGCUGAAGGCCAUGGCACUCGCUAAUUCAGAUGCCGACCCGGUGGACUGUCCGGACUCGGUGCAGAGGUUCCAGGACGGGCUCCACGAGGCCCUGCAGGAGUACGAGUCGUCCCGCAGAGAGCAGCACCGGGCGGGCCGGCUGCUGAUGAGCCUCCCCCUGCUGAGACAGACGGCCGACCGAGCCGUGCAGGCCUUCCUGCGGCUGCACCGCCACCGCUGCGUCCCCCUCCACAAACUGCUGCUGGAGAUGCUCGACGCCAAGGCCUGAGCACCUGUUUAUGUCAUCACUCUCAGACCACGUCCAUCAUCACAGUGGACACUGUCAUCACUCUCAAAUAGUUAAUUGCUGAUCACACGUCGUAAGUUUAUUAGAACAGCAUUUGUUGGAAAGCUAGCUGCUGGCGGCUGAUGAGCUACCACAGGCUGUAUGCAGUACACCACAAGCUACUUUUAGCUAACUCGCUAACCUCUAUGGGAAAUGAGCAGUGGCAGCGCAGUAGUGCCCUUGCCUUACGAAAGUUUUUUUAAAAUUAGGCCUUGUAGAUGUAAUGUGAGUGAAGACUCAGCAACUGGAUUGCUCAUUUCUCGUCUCAAAUUUGUUCAGAAGCAGAUUUUGGUGGACCUGCUAAGGUGAAAUAGGUGAAAGUUUACGUAGCGUACUUCAUACAACUCGUGCUCAAACCCCAUUGGCUCACAGAACUGGGGCCUCAGGAGGGAGGACUGGUCCACGUCCAUCACGGCUGCUGACUGAAACAAUAAUGCUGCGUCGGCUCAAAUCGAACAUGGCUGACGUGCCGGAAAAGACAAUCACAACAUUUGACUUAUUCUUUAAUGGCGAAUCGCAACCGUUCAUUACAGACUGCUAACUUAACUCAAUAAACAUGCUGAUGGUGCGUAGUGGGAAAAAAAACACAUGUAUAGCUAACAUUUGUAUAGCGCGGCGUUCACCUGAGCAGCCGCUCCCCUUCUGCUACGUAAGCCAAGAUGGCGACCAUCGAGGGUGCGCCCAGCGAUCCACACUCAACUUUUUGACCGUUACGAGUACACCACUGCUACUCGUAGCGCACUGCAUUUGGCCGUUGUUGUCAGUGUGAACGCACUUAUGCGCUCAGAAUAGUAAAUAUGGAAGAACGCCAAUUGAGACACAGAAUACAAUUUUUUAAAUUGCUGCUAUUUUGUAACUAAGUUUGGCUGCAAUUACUGGAGUGCAAACUUUUCCAACUUUUCAAAUCUAAUAAAGCUCAGGACAGAGCUGCUAACGUUAGCCUAAACUCUGCUAAGCUAGCAUCUUAGCUCCCACACAGUGGAUGUUCCAGUCCUGAACAGGUAGUUUUUCUAACGUGACCUGUAACUCCACAUAAUAUAUAAAAGUUAGCUAAUGAAACGCCCCUUGUCUUUGGAAAUAACACUAGCUUACUACUGUAGUAAGCUAGCUAGCCGCACAUGCUAACGUUAGCGCAGAUAAACAAUGAUUAAUCAGUUCCUUAAACUUUGUUCGUUUUUUGGAUUUUGGCAAAGUUAAUAAAAAGACACCACCGGGCAAAGUAAUGCUUGACUGGCCUGCCGUGCCUAGAAACGGUUGCUAAGCCAUGAUUGGACAAUCGCUGUUUGGGGGCGGGGUUUAGAGAACGGUGAGUUAAAUGUGAUUUUUAACUGUUAAACUCUCACGAUGUAAAUGUGACGAGGAACAACAGACAGCAGCUGGAUGGACAUGAACAAACUCACCUUCACCUCACAUCUUCAUCACCAUCAUCAUCAUCAUCACCUGAAACUGGACAGACUUUCAUGAACUUUAGAUUUAUGAUCUAUUUUUGUAAAAGAAAAAGAUAUUUUUGUGUGAACUCUUUCACUCAGUGUGAUCUGUUUACCUUGAUGAUGAGCCGGUUACCGUAGCAACAGUCGCCACGACGACGAACUCCGGCCGACGUUUUAAUGUUGUAAUUUGUUUGUUCAAAAGACGUUUUCUGACAGCGCUGAUUAGUUUGAUUCAGCUGAAGAAGUCGUGUGUUUCCUGACUCUAGUUUGUAUUUGCAGAGUUAAUUAAAUGCUUUUGGAAUAAAAACAGUUUGAAAUGA